CAAGUAGAUAAGUAGAGUUACAUGUAAAGCGCCAAGUUGAUUAAUGCAACAUUAAGUAACAUUUUACUACAUCAUUUUGAAGUGAGAGAUUUUCAUUUUGAAAGAUGCGUAGAUUUAAGAUAGGAAUUGUAAUUAUUACAAUUACACAGAUUUGCUUUGUUUUCGGUGAGUUGUCAAUAGACCAAAAAAUCCGAGAAGGAAAUCGCAAGCCAGAAAAAGACAUCCGUUUGGUUGGCGGGAACUCGGCGCUGGAGGGUCGAGUUGAGAUCCGGUAUAACAAUACAUGGGGUACUGUAUGUGACGAUGGAUUUGAUAGAAAAGCCGCUAAAGUUAUCUGUCAUAUGCUUGGCUAUCGAAGGUAA